CGUUCGUCAACAAUCAAUAUACACAAACCUUAUCGUCGAAAAGCAAGGGUCUUUCCAGUCCUUCCUGCUCAUCCUAAAGUUAUUGUCCCUUUGUUUACUUAUCCUGACAGCUUUUACACUUCCCAGGGGUGCGAUUCAGUAGUGUGAGUACUUCGGCUAUAUAGCAACUGAGAAUCAUCCUUCAUCUAUUUCAUCUAUGUCUACGGGUGCCCCUCGUCCUCAGGAUAGUUCGAUCCUGGGCGAGUCUUGGGUAGUCGCAUCAUCUUCCCCCGACAAGGAAGAGCGACAGAAUGAGAGUCAGCCUCAUGAAAGCCCAAGUCAAAGUCGUCACUUAAACAAAGAGGCCAGCCAACAUGAGUGUAACAAUGGGUCUGACUCGAUGACUACGUCGGCCUCCUCCAUGUCAGGACCCGAGCUCAUAAUGCCUUCAAUAUAUGAGACGCCCAUCGCAGAGGGUUCCUGGGUUGCGCCAGCUGUGCGAUCCAAAUCAGAAACCACCCAUUCUCUUAGGCGCAGACAUAAAACAGCGCGUGGAAACACACCGCGAACAGAGAAACAUGACCUGGAUGUGUCCAGGGACGGUGACUCUUCUGAUCAAAGGUCAAAUUCUAGACAGGUAGAUGAGAAGCUCGCUCGUUCAAAGUCGGCGUCAAGGUCUAAAACGGUGCAAACAUUGAUUCGAACCAUAAUAAACGUACUGCUCGUCGUGGCCAUUUCGCAUUUGCUCAUCAUUCCCGAAGUAGUCCAGCAGUAUCAGACUCUUUGCGCGAUAGAAGCUAUUUCCACUCUAUAUCCGGCCAGUUGUAUUCCACCGUAUCCCCAGCCUCAACCCAACCGUCACGGUGCAUCCCGCUACGACACCGUCGUAUCCUCACAGACGCGGCUAGAAUCCCUAUUCAAUACGACUCUGCACGCAAUGACCCCGCUAUCAGGCACACUGAAACAAAGCGAAUCGAAACUCCGCGACAUCGAGACGGAACUAAAGAAGGUGUACCCGGGCAUGAAACACGAGCUCGACCUUGAAUUUAGCGGCUGCUGGGAAGCCACCAGAGCCGCCACCAAGAAAUUCGAUUCCCUCAAAGUUGAUAUCCGUUCUGCGGUCGACAAUUUAAUCGCGACCAGCGGGCCAACGGCAGGUGACUCGCAAGCUGCCGCUCAGGGCGCCCGGCUAUCGACGCAAAUGUCGUGGCGCGAACAGUAUCUUGAUCAGCUGACUGCCCGCAUGCAGAGCAAGGCUGACUCUUUGUCCAACGAUCUCGCCACACUAGAUGACCACCUGGAAUCUAUUGGCAACAUCUUGGUUCGCGAAAUGAAACUGUCAUCGGCAUCUUCAGGUACGACGGACUCCGCUGUGGAGGCUCCUGGCCGUGGACUUCGGGCAUUCGUUGACAAAUUACCUUCAUUUUUCCGUUCAAUAAUAGACCGAGAGGACCUAAUCCGUCCGGAUUUGUCAAUAUCCGAGCUCUUCCAAGACGCCGCGGGGCAGCAUCGUCCCGUUGUUGAUGCCGUGCGACGAUUGUCCUCAGGGUUGCAAACCUUACAAAAGAAGAGGGCAUAUUGACGUGCCGUGCUGUUAUGUUCAUGUGAUGUGUCUGAAUGAAGAAACGAUACCCGAUAAGGUGGGAGCUUAGGAGUUCGAAAACGAUUCUGGAUACGAGUCAUCAUUUGGUUGCUUGUUGUUUGUUUGGUUAUAUUACUUGUUAUUUGAUGUUAGUGAUUUGGUGGUUGGAGAUAACGCUAUACGAUCCUAUGUUAAUGUGAUAUUUUACCUUCAAAAGAAAAACAGAUAGUAAACGUAAAAGCGGCGGAUACAGUUACUUGCAUGACACAGC